AUGUCAACAGUCCUCCUCCAGAGGAAGAACCACUGGAUCACCACAGUGAACGAGUGCCUGGUGGGCCGGGACGCGCGCGGGGAGCUGCGCGUGGAGCUGCGCGGCGGCGCGGAGCGCGGAGAGUUCGCGUCCGUCGGGCGCGUUGCGGAGGAGGGUCUCCGGGACGGGAGGCCGCGCGAGGGAGAGCUGCUCCUGGAGGUGCAGGGCCGGCCCGUGGCGGGACUCCCGCUCUACGACAUCUCCUCCGUGAUGAAGGGCUGCGACGGGCCCGUCAGGCUGAAGACCGUGCGUCAAGGUCACGACCUCACCAAGGACCUGAAGCUCUACCUGAGCCGGAGGGUCCGCCGGGCCUCGGCCGACCACCGGCUGCAGGAGAGCAUCCGGGCCAACCUGUACCGCCACGCCACGCCCUGUACGACCCGCCCCCCUCGAGACGGAGAGGUCCCAGGGGUGGAUUACGACUUCCUGUCCGUGGAGGACUUCCUCAAACUCGAGGACAGCGGCACGCUUCUGGAAAUAGGAACGUAUGACGGUAACUAUUAUGGGACCCCCAAGCCGCCGAGGCAGCCCCCCGGCGGCGGGACACUGAUUCUCGGCGCUGCAGGCCGCCGGCGCUCCGAGUCCGACGAUGACAUGCAGGACGGCCGCGUAGCGCCUGGCGCCCAUGACGAUGACCACCGGGACGCGGAAAUGAACAACAGUUUUACAGGUAACCCCAGCGACCGGGACGAGGGCCGCGGCGCCCUGCGGCCGUACCCCGCCCGCGACAACGCUCCGUCCUGCGGCCUGAACAAUGCGGCCGCCUCCACCGCCGACAGCGGCCAGCAGACGCUCGCCGCCGAGCCGCAGGCGUCGCCGGACGAGCCGCAGGGCCCGAUGCCCGACAACUGGGAGGCGGCCUACACCGAGAGCGGCGAGCUCUACUUCAUAGACCACAACACGAAGACCACGUCGUGGAUGGACCCCCGGUGUCGAGACAAAGGCCCCCGGCCGCUGGAGGACUGCGACGACGAUGAAGGGAUCCACACGGAGGAGCUGGACACGGACCUGGAGCUUCCUCCGGGAUGGGAGCGGAUAGAAGACCCGGUGUACGGGGUCUACUACGUGGAUCACAUAAACAGGAAGACCCAGUACGAGAACCCGGUGGUGGAGGCUCGGCGCCGGACGAUCCUGGAGCAGCAGCCGCCGCCGCCGCCGCCGCCGCAACCUCCAGAAGAGUGGAUCGAGGAACACUCGGAGGCGACUCCGUUGGCGAACUACGCCUCGAACCACCUGGAGACCUACAGGGACCCCCAGGGGCCCCCCACGCUGCCCCCCACGCUGCCCCCCACGCUGCCCCCCAUGCCCGGCGGAGCCAAACGAGGGAAGCCGUUCUUCACCAGGAACCCGGCGGAGCUGAAGGGAGUCUUCAUCAACACCAAGCUGAAGAAGAGCCGCCGCGGCUUCGGCUUCACCGUCGUCGGGGGCGACGAGCCGGACGAGUUCCUGCAGAUCAAGAGCCUGGUGCUGGACGGGCCGGCGGCCGUGGACGGCAAGAUGGAGACAGGCGACGUGAUCGUGAGCGUGAACGACGUCGUGGUUCUGGGCCACACCCACGCCCAGGUGGUGAAGAUCUUCCAGUCCAUUCCCAUCGGCUCCACGGUGGACCUGGCGCUGUGCCGCGGCUACCCGCUGCCCUUCGACCCCGACGACCCCAACACCAGCCUGGUGACCUCGGUGGCCAUCGUGGACAAGGAGCCCAUCAUCGUCAACGGGCAGGAGGCGUUCCACUCGCCCUGCGGCGCCGGGGGCCCGCGGCCGCGCAGCCCGUCGGCGGCGUCCGAGCCGGCGUCCGGCGGCUACUCCAGCGACGUGGUGGACAUGGCGUCGUCCAUCGCCACGCAGCCGGAGCUCAUCACCAUCCACAUGGAGAAGGGCGACAAGGGCUUCGGCUUCACCAUCGCCGACAGCCCGACGGGCGGCGGCCAGCGCGUCAAGCAGAUCGUGGAUUACCCGCGCUGCCGCGGCCUGCGGGAGGCCGACAUCCUGGUGGAGGUCAACAAGAGGAACGUGCAGAACAUGAGCCACAACCAGGUGGUGGACCUGCUCAGCAAGUGCCCCCGGGGCAGCGAGGUCACCAUGCUGGUGCAGAGAGGAGUGGUGCAAGCCAAGAGGAGUCCGAAGCUGGUGCAGCAGCUGGAGAGGAAGGACAGCCAGAGCAGCUCCCAGCUCAGCGUGUGCAGCCAUCGUAGCUCCGCCCACGCCGACUCCCCCGGCCACCCGGCGGCGCCCGCCGCCAUGCCGGGCGACGCCCCCACGCAGCCUCUGCCGGGUCUCCCCCACCACCAGGACCCCGCGGACGCCGGCGCCCUCACCCUGCAGAAGAAGCCGGACCCCUUCAAGAUUUGGGCUCAGUCCCGCAGCAUGUACGAGAGCCGCCUGCCUGACUGCCAGGAUCAGGACAUCUUCCUCUGGCGGAAGGACACGGGCUUCGGCUUCCGGAUCCUGGGAGGAAACGAGGCCGGCGAGCCGAUCUACAUCGGCCACAUCGUGAAGUACGGCGCGGCGGACGAGGACGGCCGCCUGCGGUCGGGCGACGAGCUCACCUGCGUGGACGGCACGGCGGUGGUGGGCAAGUCGCACCAGCUGGUGGUGCAGCUGAUGCAGCAGGCGGCCAAGCAGGGCCACGUCAACCUCACCGUGAGGCGCAAGUCCACCGGCCACCCCGGUGAGUCCACCGGCCAAACCGAAGGCGGCCGCGCCUCCGCGCCUCCUCACCACAGCAGCCAGCAGGCCAGCAGCAGCCUGGGGGGCAGCGACCAGGGGAGCCAGAACUCCCUCAACACCGUCAGCUCCGGCAGCGGCUCCACCAGCGGCAUCGGCAGCGGCGGCGGAGGCGGCGGCGGCAGCGCGGUGGCGCCCGCCUCCCUGCAGCCGUACGACGUGGAGAUCCAGCGCGGCGAGAACGAGGGCUUCGGCUUCGUCAUCGUGUCGUCCGUCUCCAGACCCGACGCCGGCACCACCUUCACUGGAAACGCUUGCGUGGCCAUGCCCCACAAAAUCGGGCGCAUCAUCGAGGGCAGCCCGGCGGACCGCUGCGGGAAGCUGAAGGUGGGCGACCGGAUUCUGUCCGUGAACUGCUGCUCCAUCACCAACAAGUCGCACUCGGACAUCGUCAACCUGAUCAAGGAGGCCGGCAACACGGUCUCGCUCCGGAUCAUCCCAGGUGAUGAAUCUUCCAACGCUUCUCUGCUGACCAAUGCGGAGAAGAUCGCCACCAUCACCACCACGCACACGCCUCAGCAGACCGCCGAGUCACGGAAUAACUCAAAGUCAAAAGGAGCUCCUCCCCCUCCGCCCACGCACAGUCAGACCGCACAGGACGCAGAGUUCUACUCCGUGGACCUGGAGCGCGACAGCAAAGGCUUCGGCUUCAGCCUGCGGGGAGGACGGGAGUACAGCAUGGACCUGUACGUGUUGAGGCUGGCGGAGGACGGCGCCGCGGUCAGAAACGGCAAGAUGAGGGUGGGAGAUGAGAUCCUGGAGAUCAACGGCGAGACCACCAAGAACAUGAAGCACUCGCGGGCCAUCGAGCUGAUCAAGAACGGCGGGCGGUGGGCGCGGCUCGUCCUCAAGCGGGGCGACGGAUCCGUACCUGAAUAUGACGGCAGCAGCGACGGGCACCCUGCCACGCCCGGGCCACAAAACACUCCGGAAGUGAGAACGCUGCCGCCGAACAGCCGAUAUCGCACCUCGUUGGAGUCCGGCUUCCCACCAGACCUUCACAGACCAUCACGCCAGGAGGAGGCUGAGCGCGGCCGAGACGGGGACGGAUCCGAUCAGAUGGACUACCGAGGCCGGCAGUUUAACCCCCACCAUCAUCACACCUGGAAUAACGAUCACAGUCAAAGCACCCGACGGCCGUCUCCGGACGACGGCGGCAACAAGAAGAGCCGGGGCCGCAAAGUCAAGAAGUCCGAGUCGGAGAGCGGCAUCUCCAAACUCCUGAAGACUCUGAGGAAAGACAGCUCGGGGAAGAAGGCCGCCGCCGCCGCCGCGAAGCUCAGGGGGCGGGAGCUCUCGGGCAGCAGCUCCACCUUGGACGGGAGGUGUCGGCGGCGGCGCCGCGGCUCCCUCGACCGCUCGCCGACGCGCCAGCGGGCCCCGUCUCCCGACCGCCGGCGGGCCAAGUCUAUGGACCGCAGGGCGCACCGGGACCGCACACCGGAGAGGGAGCGCGAUGACGGCGGCUUCCUCGCCGUCACGCCCGAGCGCAAGUUCUACGAGCGCAAGCUCCUCAAGGACUCGCCGGGGGCCGCCGGGCGAGUCGGGGAGGCCGCGACCCCCGAGCGCGCCGCCGUCAACAACAACAACGGGGAUUCCUUGUCCCUCUCCAGGGGCCGCCGGGCCUACGACCGAGCCACGAAGAACGGCAACCUCCUGAGAGACUCCUCCCCGGAGAGGAGGGAGGAGCGGUACCCGGCUAACGGGACUCCGGAGCGGUACCCGGCUAAUGGGACUCUGGAGCGGUACCCGACUAACGGGACUCCGGAGCGGUACCCGGCUAACGGGACUCCGGAACGCUUCCCGGCUAACGGGACUCCGGAGCGGCGGUGCCGAGUGGAGCGGGACUCUUCCCCCGACAGCAGCUACAGCCGGGACGAGCCGAACUACGCGGCGGCACCCAGGCUGGUGGAUUACUUCGGCGCCGUGAAGAACAACAACAAUAACAACGCCGCCUAUAACAACGCGGGACACAACAAUAACGCAGGAGGCCCGAACCAGCUCCCCGAGCCCAAGAGGAGGCCUUUCAAAGAGAGCCCCAAAGACCUUAGCAUCUAGAGCCCGUCGCCGGGCCAACCGUACGAUACACUGGAAUCGGACUUCGGAGGAUACGAACUCUCGUGCUUUAUUUAGAUCGACCGGUUUAUUGAUUGAUUGAUUUUUUUUUGAUUGACAACUCGAUCCCAUCCAGAGAUUCAUAAAACAGCAGGAGUGCAAUCCUUCCGUCAUCGUUCUGGUUAUUUUGAACAGGAGGUCGUCGUACUGUCGUGAAGGUUUUGUAUGUGCCUGCAUAUGAAAUCGGUGAUAUUGUUUAUUUUAUUUUGGGGGGGGGGGGGGGGGGGUGCAUUCGCUGACUCUAAAUAUGUGUGUUCCCCUCAAGAGAUAUGAAACGAUGCUUCCACUCGUGGUGUCUUCUCAGCUGUGUUUUUUUAUUUAUUUUGUAGAUGUCCGUUCCAUUCCUGAAUUUACUGAACAAACGAUGAGAGCACAAGUCGAGUCACGACCAACAACAAGAAAACCUUAAAUACAACAUCUGGUGGGGGGGAAGUAGAGCGAGAAUUAUAUAAAUAAUAUAUGACUUUUUGUUGCAUUGGCUCACUAUUUUUAAUUUUUUUAAAGUCCCUCGAUUCGGCACAUAUGUUGAGCGAGCUUCAUCCCUCGAAGACUCGAGGAAGACGAGCAAACCCUGCACCCGGGGAAGUCCGCUGCACCCUCACUUUGUGCAGCACCCUCGACGACCACGAAUACGCUCACAAACCACCAACGGAAAAUCCAGAAAAAAAGAGAAGAAUUUGCAACGGCGGUUAUUAUUUCCCUCCUUUAUUUGGGGGGGGGGGGGGGAAGUGUUUUAUUAUUAUUAUUUAAAUAUUCUGGACUUAGGAAGGCCAAAAUAUUUUUCCAGUAGAUUUAGAGUUAUUGAAAGUUCGACGAGUCGGCAUUAUCCCACGCUACCAGCGUUAAGGCUGCCAACUAAAAGUAAAAUGAAGAUAUUUCAAAUACCCCCCCCCCCAAAAUAAAGUGUAAAUUAUCCCUGUGCAAGAUGCAUGUGUACAUGUGUAGUUGAACCACUGUCUCUGAGAGGAGUGCACGGUGACUGUUGGCCCUGAAGAUGAUGAUGAUGAUGAUGAUGAUGAUGAAGAAGAGUCCCCGGUACACGGAGGUCGCCACCAACCUGCCACGCUGAGCCACUGAGUCUGAUGCUGCUUCACGGUGCGUGUUCUCCAUUUUACGUUUCAUUAAAAGAACUCAAACACACCGGGGGGUUAAACCCACAAGGAAACGCUUAGUGUUGGGUCACUGUCGUCGCCAUGGUAACUGUAUUACGUUUACCUCUUGGCCAUCACCUGUAAAGAUGAUUUUUUUUGGGGGGUUUUCCAAUGUAAACGAUUAGGAGCCCGAUGUUGCCUUUUUCUUGUACAAAAGAGAAAUUUAUGAGAAAUGUUGAUGAUGGUGUUUAUAUCUCAUGAAACGGACCUGAUGAUUUACUCUGGAUCAGGUAUGUAGAGACAUUUUACAAAUGAAAAAGACUGCAUUCGGCCAAUCAGAAAGCAGUUUGAUGGUUUGAAUCCCGAUGGUUAGCCUGCCUUUGUGUUAUAAAGCACUCGUAUGCGGUCCGUGUUCUUCAAGCAUCAUUUCUGGUACGCGCUCCGGACGCCACGCCGUCUUCUGUGUGGAGACGAGCAGUACAUGUAUAUGGGCCAAUCUUUUUGAUAAAACUAUGCAUAUAUAAAUACUACAUUGUUCAUAGCUUUAUUUGACCCAUGAAGCUAUACAUAACAUUAGUCUAAGUACAAGUAGAUGUGGACUUAUCCAGCUUCUUUCCUUGAGAUGGAUUACGAUGUAUAUGUAGCUAUCGAAAGAAGUCUGUGAAUGCUAUUUUUAUUAUCAAAUAAAGUUUUCCAUACAAAUAAAAAGACAUUUUAAAAAAAGGACUUCAUAUUCCUGCACGGCUGUCUCCGGGGAGGCCUCGGUAGUUCAGUCGGGUUUAAAAAAUAAAAAUGAAAGAAGUCUUCUUUUUGUUGGUAUCACUAUAGCAGCUUCAGAGACUUGUGUUACGUUGACCAACGACCGCACGAUGAGUCGCACAAUCCACCACGGCGACACGGCAAUAGAGAGAAAGGUCCGUAGGAUGGGCGACGGUGCGUCAUAGGGCGCUACGCAUCACCACGGCAACGCUCAGCAUCUCUAACGGGGAAACAUUUACUCGAAAAUACGGUUAAUUUAAAGACUUCGUGUGUGUGUGUGUGUGUAAGCAAAAUAACAAUAAUCAUACGGUUGACAUCCGUCCGAUAUUCUCCAAAUAACUCAAAUACAACUUUUCGAGCGUGACUUUUUCUGUUUUAGAAAUGCAUUAAAGCAGCGAGUUUGAUUUAUUUGUAAAAGUUGUUAUUUCCCCCCUAAGCUGCUCUAGUAUUACUACAUUGGUGUAUUGCAACUACAAGACUCUGUACUGCUAUUUAGGUAUUAAUAUAAUAUAUUAUAUAUCUCACGUUAGCCGUAGUUUGAACCGUUAGCGCUGUUAGCUCACAGCCUUCUGGCCCACCAUCGCCAUGGCGAGAGCCAAUCAAAGAGCCUCCAGGCUACAUUAAAGCGUGUCAUAAACCGUCUCUGUACUGCUAUUUAGGUAUUAAUAUAAUUUAUUAUAUAUUUGUCCCCCUGUUUAGCAUUCAUAGGCAAAACAAACAAACAUCAUAAACCCUUAAUUUAAUAUUUAAAUGCUGAAGAAAGUAAAGUGUUAUUGACUACCUUUGACCACGGCUUCAUUUAUAUAUAUAUAUAUUUAUUUAUAGCUUUCCAUCGUCGCGUCUCUUGAUACAUCCUUUUGUCAGCGUUGACCUUUAACUAAUGGGAUUAAUAUUCAUCAUCAGAUAGAGUCAGUGUUAUUAUCCCUGAUUAAUAAUCUCAUAAUCUCUCAGGUAGGACACGUUUUAAACCCAAAGUGACCUGCGGUUGAAAUGAGAUUAGCAGCAAGUAUUCCUUGUUCUAAGAGUCUGUAGAAACGUACUCGAGACAUGAGUGCGUUAUGAAUAAGUAAUUCUCAUUCAUUCAUUAGAUUAAAUACUACAUGAUCUCUGCCCCCCAAAUUGUAAGUAAAACAUAAACAGGAUGAGUCAUUUGCAAAGUGCGUUUAUUUUACGUUGCUUUGAUUACAUGCCUCUACAUUCAAAAAUAAGCCAGUAUCAUAUAGGAUCCAACUGUAAAAGAUUUACUUUUUUACUUUUUCCCGUGGAUAUUCUGUACAUACAGGAACAACUCUGUAAUGGAAUCCUGUAACUGUCUUUAGGUUUGUAAAAAUACAAAAA